AUGUCCUGCGGUGACGCCAAAAUGAACGAGCCUGCGCCGCCCUUCGAGGAAAUGGCGCUCAUGCCCAACGGCUCCUUCAAGAAGAUCACCCUCGCCUCCUACAAGGGCAAGUGGGUCGUGCUCUUCUUCUACCCGCUUGACUUCACCUUUGUGUGCCCGACAGAGAUCAUCCAGUUCUCCGACAGCAUAAAGCGCUUCAACGAGCUUGACUGCGAGGUCAUGUCGUGCUCUGUGGACAGCGAGUACGCGCACCUGCAGUGGACGCUGCAGGAACGCAAGAAGGGCGGCCUCGGCCCCAUGGAGAUCCCGAUGCUGGCCGACAAGACCAAGUGCAUCUGUCGUGCCUACGGCGUGCUGGAUGAGAAGAAGGGCGUUGCCUACCGCGGCCUCUUUAUCAUCGACCCCAAGGGGAUCCUGCGCCAGAUCAUUGUCAACGACAUGCCGGUGGGCCGCAACGUGGAGGAGGCGCUGCGCCUGCUGGAGGCUCUUCAGUUCGUGGAGAAGCACGGCGAGGUGUGCCCCGCCAACUGGAAGAAGGGCGAUGCCACAAUGAAACCGGAGCGACAGGCGUCCAUUGAGGGCUACUUCAGCACGGUGUAG